AUGCCUGAAAGCCGAGUUCUCCUUGGGCCCCGAUUCCGCCCAGCAGAGGGCGCCCAGGAGUGUCAGUCCGAAGGGAGAACGGAUGAGACGGGCCGGCAUAUCCAGACAGGCACCCAUCUCGCCCAGCGGGGACUGGCUGGCCACUGCGGGUUCACGUUGGACAGGCUGAGCCGCUCCACCGGGUGCCCGUCCCCCGCCCGCCAGUUGUCCAGCACCAGCUCCAUCGCCUGCGACUUCCAGACGCUCGCCCCAACGAAGCCCGCCCCAACUCCCCAAGGCGGCCCCUGGCCCGCGCUCGCUUCUCCGGGCUUCCGGUGCCGCAGCUCCCAGUGGAGCCGCCUGUCCACGUUCACGGCCGCGCGGCGCCACACACCCACUGGGGAGUUGGGGGGCGCCCCCUGGAGGCUGUGCCGGGAGCCUGCGCGCGCGCCCCGCCGGGGCUUGGCCCGGGGACAGGCCGGGGCUGUCUCCGCCUACUUUCCUUCCUCCUCUGCCCUCCCCACCCCGCCAUCAGCCCCCACCCAGUGGGGCCCAUGGAGCAAAAGCCACAGUCACUUCCUGAAGGCAGCGGUCCCGGCUCAGGUCCCACUGGCCCCGUGGCCCACUCGCCCCGUGGCCCGCCACCUGCCUGCAGCCAUGGGGAGCCAUCAGGACUUCCGGAGCCUUCAAGCAAAGUUCCAGGCCUCUCAGCCUGGGACCAGCGAACAACCCCAAAAACCCCCAAAGCCCGAGGUCAACAAACCCCUCAAGAAGUUUCCGCUGCCUGAACUAAACGAGCACCCCAAGAAGCCACAGCCCGAGUUCAGUGCAGUGCCCAGGAAACCCCCGCAGCCUGAGUUCGCUGGUCUCCCCAAGAAACCCCCACAGCCUGAGUUCGCUGAUCUCCCCAAGAAGCCCCUGCAGCCUGAUUUUGCUGGUCUCCCCAAGAAGCCCCCGCAGCCUGAGUUCACUGAUCGCCCCAGAAAGCCUCUGCAGCCUGAUUUUGCUGAUCUCCCCAAGAAGCCCCUGCAGCCUGAGUUCGCUGAUCUCUCCAGAAAGCCCCCGCAGCCUGAGUUUGCUGGUCUCCCCAAGAAGCCCCCACAGCCUGAGGUCGUUGAUCUCUCGAGAAAGCCCCCGCAGCCUGAGUUCACUGAUCUGCCCAAGAAGCCCUCCAAACCUGAGUCCAGUGAACUCUCCAAAAAGUUCCCACAGCUCGAGGCCACUCUGUUCCCCAGGAAGGCCCUGCAGCCGGCAGCCGGUGAGGCCCCUCAGAAGGCCUUGCAGCCGGAGCCCAGCGCUCUUGCCCAGAAGCCUCCACAGCCUGAGCUCAGCAACCCUGCCAGGCCUCCCUCAGAACCCAAAUUCAGUGCGUUCCCCAGGAAGGUACGGCAGCCUGAGCCAAAUGAGGCCACCCCGAAGCCCUCGCAGCCCGAGUUCAAUGCAAACCUCAGAAAGCCCCCACAGCUGCAGGUCGGCGGCCUCCCUAAGAAGUCCCUGCUGCAGCCUGAGUUCAGCGAGGUCCCUCAGGCGCCCCCCUGGAAGCCUGAGUCCAGUGAGCCCCACCCCCACUCCUCGCAGCCCGACCUCAGUGCCCUUCCCAAGAAGCCCCCGCAGCCUCAGCUGAGUGACCUCCCCAAGAAGCCCCCGCAGCCUGAGUUUGGUGACCUCUCCAGGACGUCCUCGGAGCCCGAGGUCAGUGCGCUUCCCAAGAGGCCGCGGCAGUCGGAUUUCAAACCGCUCUCUAAGAAGCGCCCCCAGCCCGAGCACGGCGGCCUCCCCAGGACGUCCUCGGAGCCCGAGUUCAGCCUGCUCCCCAGGAAUUUUCUGCAGGUCGAGUGCCGGGGGCCGCCCCGCAAGUUCUCGCAGCCCGAGACCAGCGCUUUGCUCAAGAAGCGCCCGCAGCCUGAGUUCUUCGGGGAUCUCCCUAGGAAGCCCCUGCUCCCUGGCUCCGUGUCCGAGAGCUCACUGCCCACUGCUGUGGCGGGUGGCAGACCCAGGUUCCCGCUCAGCCCGGGGUUCGGAGCCAGGCAGCAGAGACCAGGGGCGCUCACUCCCAGUGGAGGGUCAAGGCUGAGCCUCAAACCCCGGCGGAGGCCUCUGCCCUCGGUCAGCAGCCUGGGACCCCCUCCGGCCAAGCCCCCGCUGCCCCCAGGCCCCAGGGAUGUCCAGAGCUUUCGGAGGCCCUCGGCAGCGGCCACAGCUCCACGGAGGACCCCCUCUUCUGCUGGAACCCUUUUCCAGGCCCGCCAGCCUGCAGACCUCCUGCAGGCCCGGGACGAGAUCUACGAGGUGUAUGACGACGUGGAGUCCGCAGACGACUCCAGCACCAGCCACAAGGACAGAGAUGAAGUGCCAUCUACCCAGCAGUCCCCCAGGAGGCCACCCCAAGACCCAGAGCUCAGGAAGGAGAAGGGCCCCCAGGAACAGCAGAUGCCAGCCAUGGACCCGAAGGUCCUGAAGCAGAUCCGGAAGGCGGAGAAGGCUGAGCGGGAGUUCCGGAAGAAGUUCAAGUUUGAAGGGGAGAUUGUGAUUCAGACGAGGAUGAUGAUCGACCCCAAUGCCAAGACCCGUCGUGGGGGCGGCAAGCACCUGGGGAUCCGGCGUGGGGAGAUCCUGGAGGUGAUCGAGUUCACCAACAAGGACGAGAUGCUAUGCCGGGACACCAAGGGCAAGUAUGGCUACGUGCCCAGGACAGCUCUACUGCCCCUGGAAACGGAAGUAUAUGACGACGUGGGCUUCUGGGACCCUCUGGAAAGCCAACCACUCCCCCGGGGACGAUAAGGCCUGCAGGUGUGGGGACCUGGGACAACCCACCAGCUGAGCCACCUGCUAAACCCAGGAGCCCUGGAUCCCAGCCUGGCGGCCACAGAACCCCCAGACUCCAGCUGACCACAUAAAGCCCCUGUUUAAAGCA